UUUCUUUGGACGGAAAAUACUUUGACUUGCAAAAAUACAAAAAUAAAAGCUUAAAAAUACAAUAGAUGUGAUAUUAUCAAUAACAAUUACCUAUUAUAAAGUCUAAUAAUAGCCUGCGAUAAAUAUUUGAGUAGAAGUUUAUAUACACUCAUUCAUUAUUAGGGUGGUCAAUCAAAACAAGUCAAACAAUACUGCAGUAAGAUUGUCAAUAUUAAAACUAGCUUAUAAACAUUGCUUGAUAAGUAUAAAUAAUAAAAUUAAUAUCUAAAGUGCAGAUAAGAUUUUUACAGAUUAUAUAAAAAAAUAAUUGAAAUCAUGGAUAAAAAGAAAACAUAUAAACCGUGUGCUGAUAUUGACUCGGGAUGUGAAAUCGUUAUUUCUGGCAUUGCCGGUAGGUUUCCAAACUCAGACAACAUGAAUCAGUUACGAGAAAAUCUAUUUAAUAAAGUUGAUCUCGUUAGAGCAGAUCAUAAUCGUUGGAAAAUAGAGCAUCCAGAUUUACCUAACCGUAUGGGAACAAUCAACAAUGUAGAAAAAUUUGAUGCGGAUUUCUUCGGAUUCUCUUCCGAGCAAGCACAUACAUGCGAUCCUAUGGUAAGAAUAUUAUUGGAACAUUCUUAUGAAGCAGUUAUCGAUGCGGGAAUAAAUCCAAAACAAUUACGGGGAAAAAAUACUGCAGUGAUUAUAGGGGCAUCUUUUCUUGAAACACAAGAGAAAUUUCUGUAUGAGGAUAUUCAGGUAGACGGUGUGAAUGUUAUUGGAUGUAGCAAAUCUGCAACAGCAAACAUGAUUUCGUAUCAUUUAGAUCUCAAAGGACCAUCUUAUACAAUCGAUACGGCCUGCAGUUCUGGUCUUCAUGCCGUGGCCGUCGGUUAUCAUUGUAUCACGUCAGGCAUUUGCGAAGACGCAAUAAUUGGGGCUGCAAAUCUAUGUUUCCAUCCAAUUAUUAAUCUGCAGUUCGCUCGUCUUGGUGUUUUGUCAUCCGAUGGUUAUUGUAGACCUUUUGAUAUGACCGCAAGCGGUUAUUCACGUAGUGAAACAGUGGCUGUGUUAUACCUUCAAAAGGCGAAGAAUGCGAAAAGAAUUUAUGCCAUAUGUUCACAUGUUAAAAUAAACAAUGAUGGUUACAAAGAAGAAGGAAUAACAUAUCCAUCAACGUUUAUGCAAAGUACUUUAUUAAUGGAAGUUUAUAAUGAGUGCGGAGUACCGACAUCUUGCUUAGAUUACAUUGAAGCACAUGGUACUGGAACCAAAGCAGGUGAUCCUCCAGAAAUCAAUGCUAUACAUAAUGUUUUGUGUAAAAAUAGAGAAAGUCCAUUAAUGAUCGGUUCUGUAAAAUCCAAUCUUGGCCAUGCAGAACCUGCCAGUGGUUUUACUCAAAUUGCUAAGGUAAUAAUUGCACUAGAAACCGGAUAUGUUUCACCAAAUAUCAAUUAUACAUCACCACGAGAUGAUAUAGAUGCCUUAAUAAAUGAUACUCUUUGUGUUGUCCAAGAAGCAAUGCCACUUAAAAAUGGUUAUAUAGGUAUCAAUUCUUUCGGUUUUGGAGGAUCUAAUGCUCAUAUGUUGUUAAAGUGGAAUGACAAACAAAAACUUAACAAUGGAGCAUCGUAUGAUGACUUGCCAAGACUCGUAAUAUUAUCUGGUCGUACUGAAGAAUCAGUACAGUUAUUUUUAAACGACAUCAUUAAUUCUCAAAUAGAUAUAGAAUAUAUUCGUUUACUACAUAAUGUCUAUGCAGACAAUAUAGAUGGUCAUUCGUGGAGAGGAUAUACCGCAUUAAAUACUUUUGAAGAAAAGUCGAUAAAGAAAAUUCAAAAAUACAAUAAUAUGAAAAGGCCUAUUUGGUUCAUAUUUUCUUCUUUAGGCUCGCAAUGGCCAGGAAUGGGUCGAAAUUUAUUGAAAUUUCACGUCUUUGCAAAUACAAUACAAAUGUGCGAUGCUAUUUUAAAACCAUAUGAUAUAAAUAUAACAGACAUUUUGACAAAUACAGAUGAAAGGGUAUGCGAAGAUGCGUUACAUGCAUUUGUUGGAAUCGUAGCUGUUCAGAUUGGUUUAGUAGAUCUUCUAACAUCUUUAGGGAUUAUUGCGGAUUAUAUGAUAGGAUAUUCUGCUGCUGAACUUGGUUGCGCGUACGCGGAUAAAUGUCUCACUAUUGAACAAACUAUUCUAUCAGCAUACUUUAUAGGCUUGGCAUGUGUCAAGAAAGAAAAGAUAAUACAUAGCUCUAUGGUAAUUGUCAAUCUUAAUUAUAAAUGUCUCAAAAAAAUAUGUCCAACGGGAAUCGAAGUAGUAUGCCACAAUAGUGAAAGUAGCAGCGUUGUAAUUGGACCCGCGGAAUCCAUACAAAAAUUUAUGGAAAAAUUACAGAUACCGUAUCACAGUUAUUACAUCGCUUCCAUCAAAACUCAGCUUUUGCUUGAUUUGAAAAAAGUAAUAUCACAGCCAAAAGAACGAAGUUCAAAAUGGAUCAGUACAUCUGUACCUCGUUCCAAGUGGUCCACUGCAGCAUCAAAGCUAUCAUCGGCGGAAUAUCACACGAAUAGCAUAUUGAAUAUCGUUUUUUUUGAACAAACAACACAUUUAAUUCAAAAUAAUGCUGUGACUAUCGAAAUUGCACCCGACAGCGUUUUGCAGAAUAUUUUAAAUGAAUCUUUGCAUCCAGAAGUAACAAAUAUCACAUUAACACAACAUGGAAAGUUUGAAAUAACCGAAGAAAAUAGCGUUAUAGUAACAGGUAUAGUGUACGAAACCCUGAAUCCGGAACAGGACAUGAUUCCUACAAAUUUAUUACCCCAGAAUAAUGACGAAGAAGAACAUAUGACUAAUCGAGAUAUUUACAAGGAGUUAAAACUACGCGGUUAUCAAUACAGUGGCGGAUUCCGUGGCUUAAAGACGGCAUCUAUUUCAGGAAAUAAAGGACAUAUUGCUUGGACAGGCAAUUGGGUAACAUUCAUGGAUACUAUGCUACAAAUGCAGAUUAUUGGAUACGACACUAGAGAUUUAUAUGUUCCAACAAGCAUUCAAAAAUUAAUAAUUAAUCCUGUACUUCACACAAGUAAGCUACAACAGGACAUAGCAUCAGCAGAAGAAAAACAAUUAGCGGUGCGAGUGUAUAGAGAAAUAGACACGAUUAUAGCUGGCGGAAUAGAAAUUCGAGGUCUCAAUGCUACCCAGAUUUCUCGUCGUAAACUGGUCCAAGACGCUGUAAUCGAAAAACAUAUAUUUGUAGCUCACCAUGAUUAUGCUACGAUUUCUUUAAAUGAAGCAAUACGGAUAGCCGCACAACUUGCACUUGAAGAUCAUCAGAUUAUAAAAGUGAAAACUAUCGAAGUAGUGGAAGAUAUCGAUAGUAUUACAGUAAAUAAUCUCUCAUCUUCCUUUUUGCUUAAGGCUUUUGGCGAUACGCCCAUGAUACAAGCAAAUAUUAAUUUAUUAACAUCUCCAAGUCGCUUCAAUCCGACAGAUCUAUCGUCAAAUAUUUUAAUUGGAGAUAUAAACACGCGAACAGUAGACGACAAAGCUUUAAUAGUUGCUGGUUUCAAUCUUUUAACAAAAAAACAAAUUUCAUUAGAACGACUUUUGUCAUUUUUGAGAGAAGGUGGUUAUCUGCUCUCUCGCGAGAGAUGCAAUGUAAUUGACUACGACAAAUAUCUGCAGCAAUAUAAAUUAAAUGUUAUUCUCGAAAAACGCACUGAUGAGGAAACAAUUGUGCUUUUGAAAAAAAAAGUUCAAAUAGGGAAAAUAACUACCGUUUAUAUAAAUAAUGAUGAUUUUAAUUGGCUGGAAGAUCUAAAGUCGCUUGUAAGUAAUGAAAGCAAUAUUGAUAAAACUAGUAGAAUUGUAAUUGUAGGAGAUGAUUUUGAGUGCGGUUUGUUGGGUUUCAAUUGCUUGAGAAAAGAGCCAGGUGGAGAAAUUGUCAGAGGUGUGCUCAUUCAAGAUGAAAAAGCGCCCAAGUUUUCAUUACAAAAUUCCUUUUAUUUACAACAAUUACAAAAAGAUAUAGCCAUUAAUGUACUACGAUCUAAUAAGACCUGGGGAUCGUACAGACAUUUACGAUUACCGCAACUAACAGCCGAACUUGUAUCAUCGGCUCAUGUUUGCCAAAAUGUACGGGGUGAUUUAAGUACAUUUUGUUGGAUAGAAAACAAUCGGUCUAUCGAUUUUUGUCAUCAAAACUUGGUACAUGUAAUCUAUUCAUCAUUGAAUUUUAAAGAUGUGAUGUUGGCUACUGGAAAAUUAGUAUUGCAACUAAAUUCCCAGGGACGAUGUUUUUCACAUAUGCCUCUUGGAAUGGAAUAUGUGGGUUAUGAUGCCAAUGGCCAACGCGUAAUGGGACUCCGUGAUACUAAUUGUAUAGCAAAUAUUGUUCACAAAGAUGAAGGUUUUUGUUGGAAAAUACCUGAUGCAUGGACAUUUGAAGAGGCAGCAACGGUGCCUUGCGUUUACAGCACUGUCUAUUUUGCUUUGUAUAUUUGUGGGAAAAUGAAAAAAGGGAAUAAAAUACUUAUACAUUCCGGAACCGGUGGAAUUGGACAAGCGGCAAUUAAUCUCGCUCUUCAUGAAGGAUGCGAAGUAUUCACUACCGUGGGCACAAGUGAUAAACGUGACUUUAUUAAAAGACUUUUCCCGACAAUUCUCGACGAACACAUUGGAAAUUCUAGAGACACCAGUUUUGAACAAAUGAUAAUGUGGCAAACACAUGGUCGUGGAGUUGACAUCGUGUUAAAUUCUUUGGCGGAAGAAAAGCUAAUCGCAUCCGUUCGCUGUUUAGCGCGAAACGGUUGUUUCUUGGAGAUUGGCAAGGUAGACAUGGUUUCUAAUAAUCCUUUAAGCAUGUCCGCGUUUCAGAAAGGUAUUAGCUUUUAUGGCGUUCUACUGGACAAUAUGUGUAAUGGCAGUCACAAAUAUAAAUUUUUAUUAUCCAAUAUGGUGAGUGAGGGUCUUAAGAAUGGAGCUAUUAAACCAAUUCAAGCAAAAAUUUUUCCGAAAUCGGAGAUUGAAGCAGCGUUUAGAUAUAUGGCCAGUGGAAAACAUAUGGGAAAGAUUAUUAUAAAUAUCCAGGAGCAAGAUAAACCUUUAGAUAAAUCCGUUGUUGCAUAUCGCCGUUAUUAUUGUGUCAAAGACAAGAGUUAUGUUAUACUAGGAGGGCUAGGUGGAUUCGGUUUGGAGUUAAUCGAUUGGUUGAUAUUCCGAGGCGCCAGAAACGUUGUAAUCAUCUCGCGAAAUGGAAUAAAAAAUGGUUAUCAGCGUAUGAAAGUUAGAUUAUGGGAA